AACCACUGUAUUCUCUUGCCAGGACUCCUGUCAUUAACUCUGUGUAAACCACAAGAGUAUAUUCUGUACAAACAGUUAAAGACGUGGGAAAAUGCACAGAGUUACUGCAGGACACACCAUAUUGAUCUGGCCACCGUUCAGACUGAUGAAGACUGGACAAGUCUGAAAGAAGCUGCAGAUGAACAACAGUUUUAUGGCUUUGCCUGGAUCGGACUGUUCAAUGACAUCAAAACCUGGCGCUGGUCUUAUAACGAGGAGAGUCUGGUGUUCGAGUCCUGGGGUCUUGUCCAGCCAGAUAACUACGGUUACGGAGAGGAGUGUGCCGCCAUCUAUUUUGAUGGAACUUGGCAUGAUUUCUACUGCACAGACUUAAGAUAUUUCAUGUGUUACGAUGGAAGUACAAACGCAACAGAGAAAAUGGUUUUGAGCAAGACCCAAAAUACAUGGACUGAUGCUCAGAAGUACUGCAGACGUCAUUAUACAGACCUGGCUACCAUUAGGAAUCAAGAAGACAAUGACCAGAUUACCAAGUUGCUAAAUGUCUGGAUGGUUCCGGUCUGGAUGGGAUUGUACAGAGACACUUGGAAGUGGUCAGAUCAGACCAAUAUCACUUCCUCAUCCAAACUCACUACUCAGACAUUUACUAAGUGGAAUGAAGACUGUGCUGGUGCAGAUAAUUAUUAUCGUGUAUUUGAUGACAGAUAUUGCACAAAUAUGUAUUACUUCUACUGCAACACUGUCAAGAGGAAGAGGCAGGUGAUCCGAGUGCAGGUGAAAGCCGGUGAGAAGGUGGAUGAAGCUAAAAUGAAGGUGCUCGUCUUAAACAAGUUAAAGCAGACGCUGAGCGAUGAAGACGUCACACUGACAUGGAGGACGCAACCCAACGGGAAAGUCUUCCAGAAGAACAGGACUGUAGCGAAACAUAGCGAAGCAAACACUUCCUCUGUUUGUUCUUAGUAAAAUGUAUCUAAAAUGAAUGCAAAUCAUUCUAAGUUAAAGAUAUCUGAAUUAUUACAUUAGAUUGACAAUUUAUAGUAAUUUUUCAAAAAAAUUGUUACAUCUAUUCAUUGUGUAUUUAUUCAUCUAGCUGGCAGAUAUGUACGCCUUAAAUAUGAGCCAACAAAUGGUAAAAUGUUUUAGCAUUGUAUUAAUUUUAGAAGUCAAUUUUUAAAAAGA